AUGAAUCAUUGGGUUAAAAAACAAACAAAUAAUAAAAUCAAAAAUUUUCUUCAACCUGGUGACAUUGGUGAGAAUACCUAUAUUUUUCUCCUCAACGCAUUAUACUUUAAAGGAGCAUGGAAAAAUAGAUUUGAUAGAGCUCAAACAGCCAACAAAACGUUCUAUGUUGAUAACAAUACUCAAAAAGACGUUCCAACAAUGCAAGUAACUGGUGGGAUAUAUUAUAAAACUCAUAGAAAACUUGAUGCUCAAAUUGUUCGUCUUCCUUAUCAGGUAGCAGAUGGCUGUGAUCCAAUGGAUAUGAUUAUUAUUUUACCCAUUGAGAAUCAAACAUUGACCAAUAUUCAAAAUAAAUUGAAUACUGUAACAUUUGAGUCUUUAUAUCCAACUACUACAUCAGAAAUUGAUUUAACUUUACCAAAAUUUAUAAUUAAAAAAAAAUUAUUACUCAAUGACCACUUGCAAGAAAUGGGAAUCAAAGAUGCAUUUACAUCAAAUGCCAAUUUUAGUGCAAUCACUAAACAAAAUAAAAUUUCUAUCAGUAAAGUUAUACAACAAGCAAUUAUCGAAAUAAAUGAAGAUGGCACUGAAGCUGCUUCGCUGACUGGAAUUGAAGUUGAAAGAAGAAUGCUUUCAUUCCCUCUUCAAAUGCAAGUAAACCGCCCGUUUCUUUUUCUUUUGGCAACUCAACGUGUUAUUCUUUUUACAGGAUAUGUCAACGACCCAACUUUAAAAUAG